GAGUUGCGGGGGUUUGAUUGUGGAAUGGAAUAAUUCUAUGAAGAAUGUGGAGAUUGAAGAAACAGGAAUGAGAACAAGAACGCGACACUCAACCAUCAAUAUAAUGUCUAGGAUAGCAGUCAAUGAUUUAUUGAGAAUUGAUUGCGAAAACUCCUCUGAAACUAACUUGAGUGAUAACUCUAUUUAUCCUCACGGUCACCAUAUUUGACAUUCGAAACGCUAUUAUGCGGUGAGGUUUGCAUGGAGACCAUCGAAGUAACAUCCGCUUAUCUCACUUAAUCCUACAUAAUGUAUCGACAAAUCUCCUGCCAAUAUCAAACAUUCUUCUUAUCCUUCAUCACUAUCUUCCUUCUUAUUAUAGUCGCAAUCCAGCAUGAAGAAAUUUCCAAUAAGCGGAAACUAACAAUCUCUAUGAAGUCUUCCAACUCCAGCGUGGUCAUCUCCGCACCUCUUGCGACAUACUCAUCAGAAGCUCCAGGAUUCCCCAGAAAACUAUGGUAUAAAGUAGGACCUCAAGGUGUUUCGGACGAGGCAAAACGAUUCCGACAUCACUGCCUUGAUAUCAAUCCAGGCUACAAAUAUGAAGUGCUCACCGACGCGUUCGCUGAUGAGUACGUUUGGAAAUGGUUUUCUCACCGUCCAGACAUUUUGAAUACCUAUUUUUCGCUAAACAUACCGAUACUGAAAGCUGAUUUACUGCGAUAUUUAAUAUUGUAUGCUGAUGGAGGGGUGUGGUUUGAUUUAGAUGUUUCGUGCGAGGAUACUCCCAUAGACAAUUGGGUAUUGGCGGAACAUCGAGCGGCAAACCUUGUUGUUGGCCUGGAGUUCGAUUAUGACUAUCAGGAAGAUACUGCGAUGUAUUCACAAUUCGCGAGCUGGACUAUCAUGGCAAAGCCCAGGUCUCCGCAUCUAAUGCAGGUAAUUCAUGAUAUUUUGGAUGAGCUAAACGAAAUUGCAAAACGAAACGAUGUAUCAAUUGAAGGGAUAGAGUUAAGCAUGAUUAGUGAUGUGGUGGAUAUAACGGGACCAAAAAGAAUGACAUGGGGAAUCAUCAAAAGUCUCAAAGAAAUACUCGGAAGGGAACUUGAUGAUAGGGAUGUUGGAGAAUUGAGAAGUGCGAGACUGAUUCAUGAUGUGUUGAUUUUACCGGGAAACGCAUUCGCGGGGACUCAAAAUGGAUUUAAGAAAGAAAAAGGAAAGGUUUUUGUGAAUCAUCAUUAUGCAGGGAUGUGGAAGAAUAAGUUCGGUGGCGAGGCAGAGAAAGGCUCUGAAAAAGAGAAGGAGAUUGAGGAAGAGAAAAGGAUUGAGCAAGAAAUGGAAGAGAAGAAAACUGAAGAAGAGAGGACUGAGCAGGAGAGGAUGGAACAAGAGCAGAAAGACACGGAACAAGAGCAUGAGACCGAGGAGGGAAAUGGCAAUGAGCAAAGUAAGAACGUUGAAGACGAGAAAGAAGGAAAGGAAUCGAAACAGCAAGAAACGUCUGAGCAUGGAAAGAAAAUCAAGGAAAAUAAUGAUACUGAAGAUAAGGAAGCCAAAGAGAAAGAAGAUCCUGAGCAAGAAAAAGAGAAUCUUUGAAGGAUAGUGCAUGGUAACUUUUAGACGGGGGCGACUAAUGAUGAAUUGCAACCUUUCAGAGAAGAUAAACAUCAACAAGUUGAAUCAAGGUGCCGAGAGUGUUAUGAAGUCGGAAAAGAUUGAAACCAAUAUACAAGUGUUGAAAAGACAUAGAUAUCUAGAUUGGAGGGUUCAGUAGUAAAAGGAAUUAUGCGAAAUACUUACGAUUGCUAGCCUUUCA